AGCGGGAGCGCGGGAGCGGGGCGGGGGGGCACCCGCAGCCUCGGCCCCGCGGGGCGCCUCGUGCCCACCGCCGCGGCGGGGGCGGGGCGCUGGCUGCGGCCACGGCGCCCCCCGAACGCACCGACUGCCCCCGGCCACGCACGGUCCCGGCGCCGCCGCGGAGCCGCCAUGGAUCUGGUCCUGGACGCCGCAGACCGACACCUCCUCACGCCCUACGUGUACCCCACCAGCUGGCCCGAAGGCGAGCCCUGCCGCCAGCUCCUCAGCCUCUUUGUCAUCACCAACCUGGGGGCACUCACCCUCUACCUGCUCUUUGGCACCCUCAGCUACUACUUCAUCUUUGACCACGAACUCAAGAAACAUCCCCAGUUCCUAGAGAACCAGGUGCGUCGGGAGAUUGUCUACGCGCUGUGCUCCCUCCCCUGGAUCAGCAUGCCCACCGUUGCCCUGUUUUUUGCUGAAGUGCGGGGCUACAGCAAGCUCUACGACAACAUUGAGGACUCCCCAUAUGGCUGGUCAGGCGUCUUCCUCAGCAUGCUGUCCUUCCUCUUCUUCACUGACAUGGGCAUCUACUGGAUACACCGUGCUCUCCACCACAAGCUACUCUAUAAGCGUUUCCACAAGCCCCACCACCUGUGGAAGAUCGCGACGCCCUUCGCCAGCCACGCCUUCCACCCUGUUGAUGGCUUCAUGCAGAGCCUGCCCUACCACAUCUACCCCUUCCUCUUUCCCCUACACAAAGUCACCUACUUGGGCCUCUACAUCUUUGUCAAUGUCUGGACCAUCUCCAUUCAUGAUGGCGACUACCGUGUCCCCCACCUCCUGCGGCACGUCAUCAAUGGCUCAGCCCACCACACCGACCACCACUUGUACUUUGACUACAACUACGGGCAGUACUUCACCCUCUGGGACAAGAUCGGUGGCUCCUACAAGAGCCCCACAGCCUUUGAGGGCAAAGGCCCCCACGACUACUUGCGCAAGCUCCGAGAGAAAGGGCCAGGGGUGCCCAAUGGCUCCCCAGAUGCCAAGACUGAGUAGGCUUCCGCCUGUCCUGUCUUCAUUCUGGGACAAGAUUCCCUGGCCACAUUUUGUCCUCUUUCUCCCUGGCCUCUUGAGACUACUUUCCCACAGACAAAGAGCCCGUGUCCCCUGAUGGCACGACGGCACGGGGCAAUUCUCAGCGAGCGCUCCGGCCUGCCCCAGCUCCCAAAACGGUGGCAAUCCAGCCUUGUCCUGCACCACAGACCUGCUCUGUUCCCCCUGUUGUUUCCCCUCCUGGCUGCCUUUGGAUCUCUGCUAAGGUCCCUGCGUUGCUUUAUUACCGUGCUGCUGCUUUACAAAAAGAACAAUAAUAUGGCACAAAUAGAACAAUAACAUGGCGCUUGGCAGGGUCUCCAUCCAUCCGUGCUGUGCGCCUUUGUUGUCAAUUCGCCGUUGCCAUCACAGAGUCCAUCGGGAUGGGUUGAGUUGGAUUGAUUUGAGACAAGAGGCUGAUGGUGCUACAUUUUUUUCUGAUCUGUAUUUAGCGAAAAAAAGACGCAAACACCUUUCAGAGACGGUGUGGGUCCUCCCGACGGCUCCUUAGCGUGUUGAGGGCCUGGCCUCAAGAUGCGGCAGGACUCCUUGGUGCUUGCUGCACUCUCCUCCUUCCUCUCGCCUAGGGAUGUCCUGCAGGCACUGGCGGGACACAUCCCAGGAAGAGCAUGGCUGUAGGAUGAAGAUACACUUUGAGUCCUCGGGGUCCCUCAAGCUCCCUGAGAACAUUGAAGGGGGUGGGGGUGGGGGGAUGAGGAAGAACAGGCCCCUGGUGGCGAGGGGCAGGGACUUCUCCUCACUUGAGGGUUCAUGGCUGGCCUUCCCCCUUAAUGGCCGGCGCGCUUCCUGCCCUGCCUUUGGGUCUGACCUACAUUUAAUAAAUCUCACUUGCCAA